GUCGUCGUUGUAAAAAUUAGAGAUCAAGUAAAGGUCGAUUGAGCAAAUUACUGCAUUUUACUAUUAAAAAGAGAUCAAAUUCCUAUUCAUGGUCCUAAAUCGAAGCCGGAUUUGAAAAAACGUAAUUGGACAAGAUAUUAUUUAGUGGAAUACGCUUGGGAAGUCUUAAAUAUUCGUUGUGGAAAUACCACCGAGGGAGUGAAGAUAUUUAACCAAGAAAUCUGGAGUCUUAGCCCCUUAGAUAUUGGACUAUUAUUUAAUUUAUUUAACCCAGCACUCAUUAUCAGGUAGUAUUUUGUGUAAAUCGACUGCUAAUUUAUCAGGUUAGUACCAAAUUACCUAUAAAAUAAUUACGUAUAACUUAAAGUAUUUAAUCGGCUAAAAUUCAUUUAAUAUUGUUUUAUAUAGUUUCUAAUAACCGUCAAAUCAUGAUUAAAUCAAAUUAUAAAGCUUAGUUAAAUUAUAUUGACGAUAUUAUAAUUUUUUUUUCUCUCUUUAUUGGUUUAAACUGUUUUUUAAAAAAUAAGUCAAGAGAGUGUAUAAUUGAAAAAAUUGCAUAAUAUUAUUUAUUACAUACUAAGGCAUACCUGUGAAGCUGUUUGAUGGUCUGAAUUGUAUUUGUUACCCUUAAUUGUUGUUAAUUAUAAAGUUAAAUAUCAAGGUAGUACAUGUACCAUUUUGUUUAAUUAUUUAAGAGUUUGAAAAAUAAGUAAGGGAAUUAGUUUUCAUUUCUUUACAACUGUAAGCAAAAUUGUAUAAAACUACUUAUGAAUUAUAUUUUAUAAAAUAUAAACUUCUUGUUUGUAUAAAUUUCAGGCAUUUGCACUAGUCUCCCAAUACCAGCCAGCAUGCCAGAAGAUAAGGAGCAAAUUAGGAAACGAGCUAGUUACAAGGGACAAAUAACAGCUUUUUCAAAUUAUUUAAAUUCACUGAAGGUAUCUUCAUUGGCUGCUACUGAGGUAAAUGAGUUGCAAUUACGUAUUAGUAGGAUUGAGUCAAUGUAUGAACGAUAUGAUGAGGUACAAUUAUCCAUCGAGUGUAAUACUGAUAAUAUAGACGCCCAGAUAUCAGAACGAACUGAUUUUGAAUCCCUGUAUUUUAAAUCGCUUUCUCUUGCAAAAAGGAUCUUAGCAGAUUGCAUUAAGUCAGAUGACGUAAGCAGUGACGGUGGCUCUCAUUCCGGCAAUCAUAAAUUUGUUAAACUGCCCACUAUUCAACUACCUAAAUUUAAUGGUUCUUAUGAUAAUUGGUUAGAGUUUCAUGACACGUUCAUGAGCCUCAUACAUUCAAAUGACGAGAUAGAUGACAUAAAUAAGUUUCACUAUCUGAGAGCGUCGUUGGAAGGGCCCGCUGCUGUGGUAAUACAGUCAAUCGAAUUCUCGGCAGCUAAUUACACCGUCGCAUGGACUAUAUUAUGUGAUAGAUAUGAUAAUAAAAGACUACUAAUUCAAAAUCACGUGACAGCCUUAUUUAAUAUAGCACCAAUUAAUAAAGAAUUGUCUGUCAACUUAAAACGUCUUAUUGACCAAAUAAAUAAAAAUUUACGUGCACUAGAAUCUCUCGGUGAGCCAACUAAACAAUGGGACACACUUCUCAUUCAUAUUAUUACUCAAAAAUUAGAUGCUAAGACAUAUCGUGAAUGGGAAGAGUCUAAAGGUCGUUUGGAGAAAGAUACACCUAUUACGUUCGAUAUAUUUUUGAUGUUUUUAAAAAAUCGAGCCGAUUUAAUCGAAACACUAGAAAUGUCUAAUUCUGGUGCUACUAACCGUUUAAAUUCUUCUAUAAAAUAUGCUCCAAAAGUUAAGGCAAUGGUUUCAGUGCGGGAUACCGGUAAUAAAAACGGUUCGGCCUUUUCCGCCAAACUGUGUCCUAAAUGUAAGGGUGACCAUAAGUUAAGCAGUUGUCCUCAGUUUCUUGGAUUAAGUAACGAUGUGCGUCUACAGUUACUGCCAGAGUAUAAAGUAUGUUUCAAUUGUCUUAAUUCAGGACAUUAUGCAAAUCACUGCAAAAAGCCAGGAUGCAAAAUAUGCCACCGAAAGCAUAACACUCUCGUGCACGUCGCAGAUUACCAGUCAAAACUAAUUACAGAUAUUAAUACAUCUAACACGAGUAGUGGUAAUAAUAAGCCCGUUAUGCAAGGUCAUUUCGAACAAACAAACAGUUCGACAGGCUCACAGUUGUCAUCCAAUUCUAACGCACAUCUGUCAUUAUCCGCAAAGGUAGGCACUGCAUCGUGUAGUGAACAAGGCGACGUAUUGUUAUCGACGGCAUUAAUUAAAGUUAUAGGUAAGAAUGGUUGUCCAUAUAUUGCUCGUGCUAUUCUUGAUAGUGGCAGUAACGCUUGUUUAAUAACUGAAGAGUUAUAUCAAAGGCUAGGUUUGCCCGCUCAAAAUGUAAAUCAGUCGGUAGUCGGUAUUAAUAAUGCUUCGGCACACAUCAAGAAGAUUUGUAAGGUAUCGAUAAAAUCAUUGAAUGAUAACUUCUCUAGUAAUCUUCAUUGUUUUGUCCUACCAUCAAUAACCCAAAAUGUACCUACUAGAUAUGUUAAUUUGUCAAACUUAAAAAUUCCAUCUAAUAUUUCUCUGGCAGAUCCUAAUUUUCACUCACCUGCUCCCGUUGACAUGCUUAUAGGUGCUGAUGUCUUUUGGGACUUAAUAGGAACGCAGAGAUUAAAAUUAGGGGACGGUCAGCCGAUUCUUUGUGAAACUAGCUUAGGAUGGUUAGUAUCAGGUCCGAUAGAUUAUAGAUAUGUAAAGAAAGGGGUUAACUUUAUUAAAUGUAAUUUUACAAGAAUAUUUCAAGAUGAGGCUAGUAAAGAUUUAGAUGAAGAUAUACAAAAACAAUUAGUACGCUUCUGGCACCUCGAAGAGGUAAGCCCUGCGUCUCUUUAUUCAAACGAAGAAAAAUUAUGCGAAGAACACUUUUUAAAAAACACCACGCGACUGGCAAAUGGUCGAUUUUGCGUGAGGAUACCCUUAAAACAUAAUCCUGACGUAUUAGGUGAUUCUUGGCCACGAGCUAAAAAGUGUUUACUAUCGCUAGAGCGCAGGUUAGCAGGUCAAUCUCAGGUCUAUGAAAUGUAUAAAGAAUUUAUGUCAGAGUAUGAAAGUCUGGGUCAUAUGGAGAAAUGUGAGAAUGAUAAUUUACCACGUAAGAUGCAUUUUAUACCACAUCACGGUGUGCUUCGGGAAAGUAGUACUACUACUAAAUUAAGAGUCGUUUUCAAUGCUAGCAGUCCGACUUCUUCGGGUGUUUCCUUGAAUAAUAUACAGAUGGUAGGUCCCGUGGUACAGGACGACCUUUUGUCCAUUCUUUUACGCUUUCGGCUACACAAAUACGUUCUCACAGCUGAUGUUGAGAAAAUGUACCGGCAAAUAGUCAUUCAUCCCGAUGACCGCUAUUUGCAACAAAUUGUCUGGCGUGAUAACCCUUCAGAACAGCUUCAAGCUUAUCAACUUAACACCGUGACUUACGGCACCUCUAGUGCUCCCUUUUUGGCAACUAGGUGCCUCCAACAAUUAGGCUUAGAGUGUACCGAUGACAAGGUUGCUCAAGUGAUCAUUCACGAUUUUUACGUUGAUGACUUGCUAACGGGAGGGGAUGAUAUUAACGAGGUUACAGAUUUGCGCCGUAAAGUGACUUCCACACUUGCAUCAGCUCAUAUGGUUUUGCGAAAGUGGAAGUCGAAUGAAUCUCAACUGGUUAGUGAAAAUGAUAUUUCUCCGCUUGAUUUGAAUAUUGGUGGCUUUGAACCGACUAAAACUUUAGGCCUUGGUUGGCAAUCACAUACUGACCAACUUUGUUUCCCUAUAGGAGGGCUAUUCUCAGGUAGAACAAAGCGUGAUAUGUUAUCUGUGAUUUCUCAGAUUUUUGAUCCACUAGGACUUCUAUCUCCCUGUGUAAUUAAGAUGAAAAUGCUUCUUCAACAGUUGUGGCUGCUCAAGCUGUCAUGGGAUGAGCAGUUGACGCCAGAAAUCAGCAAGAUGUGGGCUGAGAUAAUAGUCGAUUUACCUAAAUUAAAUACUCUACGUAUUCCACGUCGUGUUAUUUGUGACUCGCCUAGUUUGUUUGAAUUUCAUAUUUUCUCGGACGCUUCUGAGCGAGCAUAUGGCGCCUGUUUAUAUGUGCGUAGUGUUAAUGAUCAGGGUGAGGUUUUAAUUCAAUUAUUGAUGGCGAAAAGUCGUGUCGCGCCGCUUAAACCUAUAACAAUCCCAAGACUGGAACUUUGUGGUGCACUUGUUGGAGCUCGCCUUUACCAAAAGGUUGUAGCAUCGCUGAGACAACAGGCUAAGCGCACUUUCUUUUGGACAGAUUCGUCCAUCGUGUUAGGAUGGUUAAAGGUGUUACCUAGCAAGCUACAACCCUUUGUCAGAAAUAGGGUUGCUGAAAUAUUAGAGAAGACUGGAAAUUGCGAGUGGAGGCAUGUCCCAACAGAGUGUAAUCCGGCCGAUCAUAUUUCUCGCGGUGUGAGUUGUAAGGAUAUUUCAUCCAUGAGUAAGUGGUGGUCAGGACCUGAAUUUUUAAAGAAAGAGGUCUCUCACUGGCCUGCAAAUUUCUUAAGUAUUAAUCACGAGUUGCCUGAGAUUAAAUCGUCAAAUGUUAUCCUCCACGGAAUACUUCAUUCUAGCAACAAUGAAGAUUUAGGUGGGAAUAAAUUAAUUGAAUUUAAACGCUUUUCUAAAUAUACUAGAUUAAAUCGGACCGUUGCUUAUGUGCUGCGUUUUAUUAAUAAUUGUAGAAAGCAAUCCGUUCACGGUCCUCUAAGCAAUCAAGAGUUGCAAACCGCACUCAAUGUUAUUAUAAGAAUAUCCCAGAGUGAAUCAUUUGAGGAAUACACCAUGUUAAUUAAAAAUAAAAGUUUACCCACUAAAAGUCCGUUGCAUAAAUUUAAUGUAUUUCUCGAUGAUAAUAAAAUAAUGCGUGUUGGAGGGCGUCUUGAAAAUUCCGAUUACUGUUAUGAGAAAAAACAUCCCAUACUUAUACAGUCCACUCAUUAUUUUACCAAAUUGCUCUUCAAUUAUGAGCACAUAAGGUUAAUGCACGCGGGACCACAGCUAAUGUUGGCCACUAUAAGAGAGAUGUACUGGCCGAUUAGAGGUCGUAAUUUGGCCAGAUCUUGUUAUCGACAAUGUGUAAGAUGUAAUAGAAUGAAAGGAAAAACCAUCUCUCCAAUAAUGGGCAACCUACCACACCAACGCAUCCUUUCUGGUUUUCCAUUUCAAAAUAUUGGACUAGACUAUGCGGGACCAAUUCAAUCUGUUUCUCGCCAUGGCCGUGGUUGUAAAAUUGUAAAGGUGUAUAUAGCUAUUUUUAUUUGCUUCGCGACUAAGUCAAUUCAUCUUGAAUUAGUGGGUGAUUUAACUAGCAAUACCUUCAUAUUAGCUUUGCGCAGAUUUAUGUCUAGAAGAGGGAAACCUCUUAAUAUUUAUUCGGAUAAUGGUACCUCCUUUGUAGGCGCAUACAAUGACAUUUCAAAAUUUAUUAGGACGUGUUGUAAUUCUUUAUCUGAGGUAAUGGCAAAUGAAGGAAUUAAUUUCCAUUUCAUACCGCCUUAUUCUCCCCAUUUUGCUGGGCUUGCGGAGGCUGGUGUCAAAUGCAUUAAAUAUCAUUUAGUUAGAGUGCUGGGCAAUUGUAAUGUGACUUACGAGGAACUAAAUACCACAUUAAUACAAAUUGAGGCUAUACUUAACUCCAGACCACUCACACCUUUGUCAACGAAUCCUGAAGACUUGCUACCACUAACGCCCGGUCAUUUUUUGAUUGGACGCCCCUUGACUUCCUUGCCGACACCAGACUAUAAAGAUCAUUCCGUAAGCUCUUUAACCCGAUUUCAACGAAUAGAACAAUUACGUCAACAUUUUUGGGCUAGAUGGAGCAAGGAAUAUAUAUCAGAGCUUCAACUGCGGAUGAAAUGGCGUUCCUGUAAAGGCUCUUUGAAGUUAAAUUCACUGGUACUCCUAAAAGAGGAGAAUUCACCGCCAUUAAAGUGGAAGAUGGGUCGCAUCGUCGCAGUCCAUCCAGGCUCGGACGGCGUAUCAAGGGUGGCGGAUAUCAAAACAUCGACUGGUAUAGUUCGCCGAUCAUUUAGCAAAAUUUGUCCGCUUCCUGAACCUGAAGAAUCUGGUUGAAAGGUAGACUUUCAACGCCGGGGGGCAUGUUGAAGCGCCUGUCAAAUUAUAUUAGCAGUUCUCAUGCCAAUAUUAGUCCGUAAGCUGUGUAGGUAUGUUUAAAAAAAUGUUGUACCUGUCGUCGUUGUAAAAAUUAGAGAUCAAGUAAAGGUCGAUUGAGC